GAGCGGAUUCGCUGGCCGCUGACACGUCAUCAGCCUCAGUCGGUUACUUCCUGUUUACAUAUCUACAAUUAGCCGAAAUCGAAACUAAUUCUUAAGAUAUCACUUUUUGACACCUGGAUUCAGACAUAUCAUCUCCCAGGUCCGAGCAAAAGGUCCGCAGAUAGAGGUUGAGCAGACGUCCUGCUAGCCUGCUUAUAACUGAAGACUCGACUAUAUUAACCACAGAGCUAACUUAAGCUAACGUAGUGGACCGCUCGUUACGUCGUAUUAGACCACGGCUACAACUAUACAGGGUUACCGUAUUAUCUCAUUAUCUUUCGAGCGCUUAAAGUUGUCUAUAAUGGAAAAUAAAUAUAACCUAAAGAGUCCAGCGGUAAAGCGAUUGAUGAAAGAAGCUGCUGAAUUGAGAGAUCCCACAGAACACUACCAUGCCCAACCAUUGGAAGAUAACCUUUUUGAGUGGCACUUUUCCGUACGUGGUCCCCCGGAUUCAGAUUUUGAUGGUGGAGUUUACCAUGGCAGGAUUGUGCUUCCCCCGGAGUAUCCGAUGAAGCCUCCCAGCAUCAUCCUUCUUACGCCAAAUGGAAGAUUUGAAGUUGGGAAGAAGAUUUGUCUGAGCAUUUCUGGUCACCAUCCAGAGACAUGGCAGCCUUCAUGGAGCAUACGAACUGCUCUGAUUGCCAUAAUUGGAUUCAUGCCAACUAAAGGAGAAGGUGCAAUUGGAUCUCUUGAUUACACACCAGAAGAGAGGAGGGUCCUCGCAAAAAAGUCCCAGGACUUCUGCUGUGAGACAUGCAACUCUUCAAUGCACUCAGCACUCCUGGCUUUGACCCCGGACAGCAGUCCAAGCCCAGGGGACCACAUGGCAGAAGAGCUAGCCCAACAAAUUAACUUCAAAACAGAAUCCAGUUCAUUAAGUCAGCAGUCAAGAGAGAGUGAAGAUGCCAGCAGUGAGGCUUCCAUUCUUACCCAGGAAGGUACCUCCACUUCUGCAGUCCAGGAAGCAGGAGAUGGGCCUCUGACUGAGCAGGUAGAGGCGGCACCAGCUCCUGAAGUGGAGAGACCACCUACUCCUCGUCCUCUCAGUCCUCGGCAGCGUCAUGUGCAACAGGUCCAAAGAGACAACAUUAGGCCGGCCUUCAUUGCAGCCACUCGCCAGCCACACAAUGAAAGUCACGCCGGCUCAGCUGUCCUAAUAGUGUUGCUCACAUUCGCCCUUGCUGCUCUUAUCUUCCGUCGGAUUUACCUGGCUCAUGAGUACAAGUUUGAUUAUGAGCUGUGACCUUCAAGCUUUUCUGUUUUGUUAGUCCGGCCGCCAUGCCACCAAUGAUCAGCCAAAGUCAUCCCUGAGGUUGCGUGGUCCCUGGAAGUGACGUCUGGUGUUCUCUUUUCUCCUUUUUAGGCCCUUUUCAUGCCGCUUAUCAGUAACUACAGCACCUUGCACCCUGCCCUCAUGUUUUUUAAGGGAAGUAAUGUAUUUUUGUGUUUAACAUCACACAAUUAUCCCUACAUUUUUAAUCAUCAAUCCUGAUGCUCCCACGAUAAUUGGAAAUAUAAUGUAAAAAAGAUACAAUUAUUGUUUGCCUACAAAUUUCCAUUUAAUCCGACAUUUAAAGUUUUCAUUCACACUUGCGGCUCAGUACUCUGGUCCGGACCGAAAGUAUAACGUUGCAGUUUGGUGCAUUUCGCUCGGCGUUCACACUGGUAUUAUUGUCGUUGUAAAUCACUUGCGUCAAACUCAAGGACUGGGGGCCAGAUCCGGCCCGACAUCUCAUUUAAUGUGGCCCGCAAAUAAUGCGGAUACUUCAUCGUUCUUACUAAAUGUUUUCAUUGUUUCCAGUUUGACAGAAAAAAAAAUGUUUUAAACUUUCAUAUGUUUUAAACUUUGAUAUAUAUAUAUAUAUAUAUACAGUGGGGCAAAAAAGUAUUUAG